UCGCCCGCAGUUCCCGCCAUGGCGCCGCGCCGGUGGGUGCCCGCGCUCCCCGCCGCACUCCCCCUCCUCCUCCUUCUCCUCCCGCUGCUGCCCGCGGCCCGCGCGGGGCUGGGCGCCUACUUCGGCACGAAGUCGCGGUACGAGGAGGUGAACCCGCACCUGUGGCGGGACCCGCUGUCGCUGGGCGAGGCGGCCCCGCGGGCGCCGCCGGGGUGCGCGGCGCUGCAGCUGCGGGCGGUGCUGCGGCACGGCACGCGGUUCCCCACGGCCGGGCAGGUGCGGCGCCUGCGGCAGCUGCACGGCCGCCUCCGCGCCGCCUGCCCCGGCGCCGCCGCGCUGGCCGCGGGGCCGCUGGGCUACGAGGAGAGCGUGGACGGGCGGCUGGCGCCGCAGGGGCACCGCGACAUGGAGCGGCUGGCGAUCCGCCUCGCCGCGCGCUUCCCGGCGCUCUUCGCCGCCCGGCGCCGCCUGCGCCUCGCCAGCAGCUCCAAGCACCGCUGCCUGCAGAGCGGCGCCGCCUUCCGCCGCGGGCUCGGGCCGGACCUCGGCGAGCACGAGGUGGAAGUUGAAGUCAACGAUUCCUUGAUGCGUUUUUUUGAUCACUGUGCCAAGUUUGUAGCCUUGGUGGAAGAGAAUGAAGCAGCGAUGUGCCAGGUGAAUGCCUUCAAAGAGGGGCCGGAGAUGAGGAAGGUCUUGGAGAAGGUUGCGAAUGCCUUGUGUUUGCCGGUGGAGGAGCUGAACGCAGAUCUUGUUCAAGUGGCUUUUCUUACCUGCUCGUAUGAGUUGGCUAUAAAAAAUGUGACCUCCCCGUGGUGUUCACUCUUCAAUGAAGAAGAUGCCAAGGUACUGGAAUACCUGAAUGACCUGAAGCAAUACUGGAAGAGAGGAUAUGGCUAUGAUAUCAAUAGUCGCUCCAGCUGCAUUUUAUUCCAGGAUAUAUUCCAGCAUUUGGACAAAGCGGUGGAAGAGAGCAAAAGCUCAAAACCCAUUUCUUCACCCUUGAUCAUACAAGUUGGACAUGCGGAGACACUUCAGCCACUGCUUGCCCUCAUGGGUUUCUUCAAAGAUGAUGAGCCUCUCAAGGCAGACAAUUAUGCCAGACAAGCACAUCGGAAGUUUCGCAGUGGCCGGAUCGUGCCUUACGCAGCCAACCUGGUAUUUGUGCUUUACCACUGUGAUCAAGUGGAGACCUCUGAAGAAGAAUAUCAAGUGCAGAUACUGUUGAAUGAAAAACUGAUGUCGUUCCAUCACUCGAAUGAAACCAUCUCUACUUACGCCGACCUCAAGGACUAUUACAAGGACAUUCUGGAAAACUGCCACUUCAAAGAAGAGUGUGAAUUACCAAAAGUUAAUAUUACUGCUGUUGACGAACUUUGAGGGAAUGAAGCAGAGCGGGUGUUCUGUGAAUUGAUCUGGGUUCCGUUCUACAAACGUUGUGAACAAGCACUUUUGAUGGUUUGCUGCUGCUGUGUGGGCUUCAGAAACUUGCGGAUUUGAUGGGUUGUCCCAGUUAGCUCAGUGCACUUUUUAUUUAUGACAUUAGCAGAAUUACAAAACCAAAUGCUGUAACUGCGGUAUUGCUAGGAUUUGUAACAAAUACGUGAUGCAAGAUGAAGUCUAUGUUUAUAUGCAUGAAUAAGUAAUUUCAUUGGUCAUUCCUCUUAUGAGUGUGCCGUAGAUGUAUUUAAGAGCUAGGGCAACUUCUGUUUUAUCGGAGCUGGAGGUGGUUGAACUGACCGAAUAUUGCUUUGCUCUGCCUGUUUUGCUAGCUGCUCUUUUCCUGUGGCAGGCAUGAAAUCAUUCAGAUCCUGUGAGCUUUUUUGCUCCUUUUCCUGAGCUUCUAGGAGGGAGAGUGUACAUAGUCCCUUUCCGCAGCAGCCCAGCUUCUGCCUGGGCAGCACCAUGAGAAGAUCUCUUUCUUGGGCAUUUAAAGCAGGAGGAGUUGUGGUCUUCCUGCACGCGUUACCUUCUUGAAAAGGGCCCAGGAGUUGUCUUAGUCCUCAUCAGCCCAUCAGGCAUAGCAAACCAACCUCCAGGGUAAGUAAAUUAUCUUUGAAAAGAAGUGGUGGGAAGUGUCCACUCUUCCUUUAUGUGCACUGGAAGGGAGGUUUUGGACUGUGAAAAGUAUCUGGCUGAGACUUAACUUGUGCUAGCUUUGGGGCACCAAACGCUAUAUCAUUUACCUAGGUCUUACACAUUCGAUGUGCCACCACGUUCUUGAACGAAGCUGGUUUUAAAGAAAUUAAUUGCAAACUGCAUACUGGUGAUCUUCUAAAGCAACUGCACUUACAGUAGGUUCACUUGCUACUGAAAGUUGAAAAGCGAGCUCUGCAGUGUGGCAGAAAAAGGAAGAAUUUAUGGGAUUUUCCAGAAAUGUCUGAAAUACGGUACAUCGGAUAAAAAUUACUUUUUCACCCAGAAGGGAAUGGCUGUGUCAACGUGUUGCCCAAAGCAAAGACAGCCUGACUUUAUGGUGCUGGUAGCUCUUGGACCGCACGCUCACACCCUGUAAUGAGUGUUGCCAAGCUCACUCCAGCAUAGUUUGCUGGGGAGAGGGUGAAAGGUUGAUGUAAGCGGUUACUAAAGGCCAUCAGGUGCGCUAUGAACAUUUAUACCCUCACUUGCUGCAGGGGAACUUUUUUGUAGGCUCAGCUUCAGAACUGGGAACUGAACUGCUGCAAAAACAGGAACAGGAAAAAGAGACAAAGGGGCUUAAAGAGGAGGACUUAAUCAGUCUAUUUGUUUUAUUUUUCUUGAGGCUUGGCUUACUUUUUUUCUGGUAUGUCUUGUAUAAGGGCACUUAAAGGUUACUUACCUAUAAGUUAAGGAGCAGUCAAAAACCUGUUUUUUACUGUUGUGCUCUGAGAUAGCUGAAGGGCUUUUCCCUGCAUUGGGAAAUAGGGCCCCAUUUCAUUAGUGCAGUGAUUUCUGUGGAGACCAAGGUUUGAUCUGGUACUGAUUAAAACUGGUGGCUAUUUCAGCAUUAAAAUCCCAGAGAAAUACUUGCCUGUUCUAGCUCUGCAGCCAUUUUUCUGAAACUGGUGAAAUAGUCAGGGAACAGAAUCGGUGCUGGAACAGCUGUAGGAAUGGGUCAGGGUAAUUGUCAGGCAUGUGACUUCUGCUGCUUUAUCAGCUUUGCAUGUCUCCUUUUUUACAUAAGCCUACCAUGAGACUAAGUCAAAGGAUCGUAAUUGUGACAAAUGCCUGUUAACAAACUUUAUUGCAACAUUGAGGCAAGCUGCCAAAAAAUGAACCUUUGUUUCAAGGUAGUUAAGUUUGGUAAACAGCAGAUACAAGGGUAUCCACCUUUGAACAAACACUUGUUUCUGGGAGUCACUCAUCCUGUGGUGAUUGAUGACUUGAACAGACGGAUGAAAGCCUGACAACUGGAGAUGAAUGUUUGUCAGUGCAGUGAAACUGAUUCGUUAUGUUUGUUAACAGACAUAUCCUUCUUCCUUAUGGAGGAGGAAUACGUUGCCCUUGGCUGCUUUUUUGAUCAUGUGCCUGUUGAGGUGGAGGAAGCAAAAAAAAAAACCCUUCUACUGUGAAGCAGCAUUUGCUUCUUUAACCAGGCUGAUUGUAUGUUUAGAUUCUUCGCACAGGGCUUCAAGAAUGACUUUUCCAAGGCUGUUUUCUCUUGGAGUACAGGUCCAUCAUACCCCCAGCAUAACGGACAUAUCUUCAGUGGCUGUCAGCAAUUAACUGGAAAGGAAAGCGUGCUAUUUGGUUUUUGUCCUGUAUUUAAGGGAUGCACUGACUCUCUCCUCCAGCAGAAUUGGAGGCUGACUGGGAAAACUUUGCACAAUUUCAUUUAGCAGUAGAAGCACUUGGAUGUGUAAAUACUUUAGGCACUUGGUUUGUGUGACCGAUUCUUAACACUAAAGAGGUGACUUCAGCAUGACUUUUCUGUAGUAAAUACAUUAAAUUGUUUAUAUACUAAAAAGGAAAACUAGGAUGGAUCAAAGUAUUUCCAUGAAGCUGGGCUCCGGCUCAGCACGCAGCAUUUGAACAGGCUGCUGCAUUUCAUGGCAUGGCAGACAACCACAUCCUGCAAAAGGCCAGCAAGAAAAAUGAUGCUUUCUCUCCUUCAUGUGGCUUAGCAGGAAACAGCUCAUCUCAGGCAUCCAUUGAGGACUUUGUUUGCAACCUUUCUCAAACUGGAAGCUUUCAUUAAUGAAAACUACUGACAAGAGUUCUUGGAUGCUGUUCUUAAGUAUGUUUGAGAUGUAUUUUGUUGGAUGUCUAAAGCUUAACUAAUCUCUCUGGCAAAUUCAUUCUUUCCUCCAGUACUAAGUACUGCUGCUGUAAUUCUGGUUAGCAUCGAGCGGUUGAAUCGCUGGUCUUAAUAUGAAUUUGUAAUAUGGUACUAACUGGAUAAAUUUUGAGAACUUGUUUGAAUUUUUAGUGCUUUGAAAUAAAACUGCACGCUUUUUCUUCAUCUUUUUUUUGUGCAGUAAUAAUGACACGAACCUCAGUAUCAUGGCUGUGUUCUGCUUCAAAAUAAAUU